AUGAUGGCGUGGAGCAUGCAGGCACAGAUGGUGGAGCAGUGGGGCAAACCCUCGGAUUUCCAAUUGUCAGACCCGCAGAGUGACUCUUUCAUGCUCAAGAGGUUGAUCUUGGACACCAAUCCGUAUUUCCUCGCCUUCAGUGGUUGCUUCAUCGCGCUUCACAUGUUGUUCUCGAUGCUAGCGUUCAAGAACGACGUUCAGUUUUGGAGAAACAACGAGUCCAUGGAAGGGCUGUCGGCCCGGAGCAUGAUAGUGUCUUUCGUUUGCCAGUUGAUCCAAUGUCUUUAUCUCUUGGACUCGCAAGAGGCUUCUCGUCUAAUCCUCUUCCAAAUUGUCUUGGAGCUGGCGUUAGCCACAUGGAAACUCCGCAAGGCGGUGAAUCUAGAGCUGAAGCCGAACUUCCCUUUCAUUUCAAUGGGGAGCCAGGCUGGAUAUGAGAGCGCCGGCACCAACAAGUACGACGAGGAAGCAACUCACUACAUGUUUUCUGUGUUGACUCCAGUCUUCGUAGGAUACGUUAUUUGGUCAGCCGUCUAUGGUAAGCAUCGUGGCUGGUACUCCUUCUUCGUGAGGUCGGCGGCCGGCGGCAUGUACACCUUCGGCUUCAUCAUGAUGACCCCGCAGCUCUACAUCAACUACAAGCUGCAGUCAGUUGACCACCUACCAUGGCGAGCGCUGACCUACAAGGCAAUGAACACUUUCGUCGACGACGUCGCCGCGUUUCUCAUCGAUAUGCCGAUGAUGCACCGGCUUAGUUGCUUGCGCGACGACGUAAUAUUCUUCAUUUACAUCUACCAGAGGUGGAAAUACAGGGUCGACAAGACCCGCCCAUCGGCGUGGGUGGACUCUUCUCCCGAGGCCCUGGCCGCCGCGGCGGCGGCGGCGCCCGGGGAGGGGGCGGCCGCGGCCGCGGAGCCGCCGGCGGAGACGGCGGCGGCGCCAGGGCCAGGGGCA